AUUGUGCUGUUCCUUUUCUCACGUCCUCCCUUUCCCUCCCCCAGGGCCUGUCACUACCAGGAAGACAGAGCAGCUGAGGCAGUUCCAGGCUCCUGCAGUACAAAGGUGUGCGGCUCAGAAAUGAGUGACUCUCACACUGCAACUCAUUCCGUGCGAUGUUCCGCUUAUUUCUCAAUCUUCUUUUAAUGCCAGACUCUUCUUUUUCUGGAAAGUCUGUGGGUGGAAGAAGUGGAACUUCUGCUUUUGUUUUCUUUCACUUUCACCCAUUGGAAAGGCAGUUGCAGCAGAUACGGGCUGGGGAGGAGGCUGCCCUCUCCUUCCUGGAAUAGAAAACUGUAUUUUAUAUUUUUUUUGCUGUAUUUGCUUUGCCAAGACUCCCCCCUGAAUUCUGUUAGCUACAGAGAGAGCGAGAAUGAGCAACGUUGAUGGCAGCCAUGGAUCAGUGUCCACUCAUUCAUCAGGCGGUCGCUAUUCUCUAAACCUGGAAGAAGAUAUAAGAGUUCAGCCUGCCAGUAUUAGCAGUUCCCUGCAGUGCAUCCCAUAUCAGAAACUCACAGACCUGAAGUUCAUUAAUAAGGGAGCCUAUGGGACCGUACACAGCGCUUGUCACUCUGAUUGGAGGGUCAGAGUCGCUGUGAAGUUCUUCCCAACAGAGCGCCACCUGGUGGAGAGUGAAAGAAACAAGAUUCUGAAAGAAGCUGAGAUUUUACACAAAGCACGAUUUAGUUACAUUCUGCCAAUUUUGGGAAUCUGCAAUGAGCCCGAGUGCCUGGGGAUCGUGACUGAGUACAUGACCAAUGGCUCUCUAAACCAGCUGUUACACGAGAACAAUCCACGUGUGGAAAUUGUGUGGCCGCUGGCUUUCCAGAUACUGUAUGAGAUUGCUCUAGGAGUGAAUUUUCUUCACAAUUUAACCCCUUCCUUGCUGCACCAUGACUUAAAGACACAGAAUAUUUUGCUGGAUAGGGAUUUUCAUGCAAAGAUUGCAGAUUUUGGACUUUCAAAAUGGCGCAUGUUGUCUUCUUCACACUCUUACAGUGAUCAGAGCCCUCCAGGUGGAACGAUAAUAUACAUGCCCCCCGAGGAGUAUGAACCCGGCAGUGCUAAAAACAGACGAGGCAGUGUUAAACACGACAUGUACAGCUAUGCCAUUAUUAUGUGGGAAGUUCUGGCAAGAAAAGAGCCAUAUGAAGGAGCCACAACCCCUAUGCAGAUUAUGUUCAGUGUCUCUAAAGGAAACCGACCAGACCUUAGUGAAGACAGCUUGCCCUCUGAGAUUCCUCAUCGAGAUCUCUUUAUUUCUUUAAUGCAAAGUGGGUGGGCAACUAAUCCAAACGACCGGCCAGCAUUUCUAAAAUGCUUGUUGGACCUUGAACCAGUGAUCCGAAACUAUGAUGAGAUCGUAAUACUUGAAGGUGUAUUGCAGAUAAAAAAGAUGAAAAGUAAUUUGAGUUAUAAUUCUAUAUCAAACUUGUCAACAAUGCCUUGCACAAGUCCCUUGGAGCAACCAGCUUAUUCAUCAAAUGAGAAUGUGAACAUCAGACCAAGCGAGGGAUAUUGCAUUUCUCAGUGUUCUCCAGUUUUAAACAGAGAGUGGAACUUAUUUCCCAAGAAUGAGCAGAUGCCCAAAGUAGAAAAUGAAGAAAUGCUCUUCACAAGUCCAACAAGAUGUCUAACAUCUGUCAUUCCCCCCAGAUGUAUGAGUUUUAUAGACAUUUCUAAAAGGCAAACUGCAAGACCCACAUGGGACAUGUCAGAUCCAGUUCAGGAGACCCCAUCCUCUGCUCUUCAGUGGAUAAUGCUCAAAAGGCAUGCGAUUAUUAAUCAAAUGACAGAGGCAUGCCUCAAUCAGUGCCUGGAUGCCUUAAUCUCAAGAAUGGUGAUCCUGAAGGAAGAUUAUGAACUGAUUAAAUCCAAGCAGACACGGAGUUCAAAAGUUAGGCAACUGAUUGACACUUGUGAUUCUCAAGGAGAGAUAUUUGCCAGAGUUAUACUGCAAAAGUUGAGAGAUAACCGGCAGAAUGAUCUACAGCCUUUUCCAGAAAUAUAGAUUGUGUUUCGAUGGGUAAUAGGUGUCGAAUGCCAUAAGUGUCUAGAUGCAUUAUUAUAAACUGGGUAAAACCUUUCAUACAAUUGGACUGAAAGACAAAAACCUUACUCUGGUUCAUAUAAGGGUCUGAGUAGUAAGAGACAUUUUCAUGCAGACAAUCUUAUGUAUAUUAGCCACUGCCAUAUUUUCUUCAACAAUU